GGAGGAAGCCGUACCCCGUAGCACGGGCGGCGCUGAGCCCCCGACCGCCUCGCCACCACCACCGCAGCAGGGUCGGCACUACGCCACGCCACCUCGCGCCACGCCACCGACCAAAACACGGCAGCGGACGUUCUCUUGUUGCUAGGCUACGGACGGAGGAGGACGGUGACGCGAAACGUCAGGCAAGCGUCAGGCACCAAGUCGUUUGAUCGUUCUGAUGUUUUUAUUCUGUAAGUUUGCAUGAGAUCAGCAUGAAGUUUUGUGCGCUUUUAGCGUGCAAGAAUAGAGAUGUCAAAAAUAAGAAGACUUCGGGGAUUAAACAUCACGUGUUUCCUACUGACGAUGCUAUCAGAGAAGAGUGGAUAUCAUUCGUUAAUAAGUUCAAUCGCACCACUGGCUGGACUACAAAAGCUAACAAGGGUGCAUUUCUGUGUGAGGACCACUUCGAGAAGGGCUUGUACACUCUAACUGGACGCCUUGUUCACCAUGCUGUUCCUACACAGGGAUCCCAAUUUACUGCAGAAAAGGCCUUUUCAACAGUUCAUGAGUGCGUACAAGAGGUUGCUGGUGCAAGUUGAGCUUGGCGGCAAGCAUAAUGCAAACUGCUGGCCUCUUGACACCACAAAAAUCUUGAAUGUUACUACAUCAUCUAAACGUAGCAAACAUAAACCUUUGGAUAAUGAAGAGGAGGAUGAUGGAGAUUUUGAGCUCAUGAAAGCGUAUG